AUGACGGACUCUUCUGUCGCUGCUACUGCUGCUGUUGCUGCUGUUGCUGCUGCUGCUGUUGGUGCUGUUGGUGCUGUUGGUGGUGCUGCUGCUCGUGGUGGUACUCUUAGUCGACCUGAUGCGCUGCCGUCCGUGUCGACGGCUGACAUUGAAUCCAUCCGCGUGACACCUCAAUCCGCUCGACCGACGGGCGACGUGAACGAUCCCGCGACGUACAAGCGGAGCCAGGACGUCAACUGGAAGAACGAGGGCCUGGACGAUAUCUACGCCAUGUGGGACAAGCUCGUGCCCGUGGACGAGCUGCCGAAGUUUGAAGCCAUGGGGCGCUUCCUGGUCGAUCUGGACCCCCAAACUGCGCGGGAACUGGAGAAGGCGUUCGUGCUGCUCCGACGUCGAUUCAAGUGCCUGCCGAAGAAAUCGCAGAUGAAGUUCGUGCUGGGGCUAUUGGUGCAGCAGGGCGCGGCACCUGUGGGUCUGGCACUCGAUAAACUGCUGAUCAAGAAGGCUCAGAAAAGCCAGUCGGGCGUGCUCGUUGUGACGGUGCUCACGAGUCCGUACCCGCAAGUGAAUGGCAAGAAACAGCGCUUUAGCUGUCAGUGGAACUGCUACUACUGUCCGAACGAACCGGAUCAGCCGCGAAGCUACUUGCACGACGAACCGAGUGUGCUGCGUGCGAACCGGAACGACUUUGACCCGGUGCUGCAGUUUUGCGAUCGCUGUGUGACGCUCGCAAUGAAUGGCCAUCCUGUCGAUAAGAUUGAGCUGUUGGUGCUGGGAGGGACAUGGGCGUCGUAUCCGGUAGGGUAUCAAGAAACGUUCAUCCGCGACCUGUUCUAUGCAGCAAACACGUUCUUUGAGAGGGCGAAGCGCGAGCGACACAGCCUGGACGAAGAGAAGCUCGAGAAUGAAACUGCUGCAGUGAAGAUUAUCGGCAUUACGCUGGAAACGCGACCCGAUUGUAUCAACGCCGAGGAGCUGCGUCGAUUCCGUCGGUACGGCUGCACGCGUGUCCAGUUGGGCAUCCAGCACACGGACGAUGCGAUCUUGAAAAAGAUCAAUCGUGGAUGCACGACUGCGGACGCCGUGCGUGCACUCAAGCUGCUGCGUGACUGUUGCUACAAGACCGACAUUCACUUGAUGCCGAACUUGCCUGGAAGUGAUCCGGAGAAGGAUCGAGCCAUGUUUGACUACGUGCUGCAUUCGCCAGACCUGCAAGCAGACCAGUGGAAGAUUUACCCGUGUGAGAUAACUCCUUGGACGGUGAUCAAGAAGUGGUACGAUGAAGGGAGCUACGUACCGUACGCCGACGAGAAGCUGAUGGACUUGUUGAUGGAUGUGAAAGCCAAGGUGCAUCCAUGGAUUCGUCUCAACCGCGUCGUCCGCGAUAUUCCGAGCCAGUAUAUACUGGGAGGAAUGGAUGAGCCGAAUCUGCGGCAAGUGAUUUGCAGCAAAAUGAUCGCUCGGGGUACACCGUGCAAGUGCAUUCGGUGUCGUGAGGUCAAGACGGACGACGCUGCGAUUGCCUCUGCCGAGUGCGUCGUUCGCGAGUACGAAGCGAACGAAGGGGACGAGUACUUUAUCAGCUUUGAGACUCCAGAUCGCUCCAAGAUUUGUGGCUUUGCUCGGCUGCGUCUAUCGCCGACUGCCGGUGGCGGUGUGUUUCCGGAACUCGAAGGCGCUGCUUUGAUCCGCGAGCUACACGUGUACGGCCAACUGGUAGCUGCAGUGAGCGAGUCGAAGAAAGACGCGACCAGCGUCUCGGCGAACAAUGGGGCAGCGCAACACACAGGUUUAGGCACACAGCUGAUGAGGAAAGCAGAGGCGAUUGCUCGCGCGCAUGGAUACAAAAAGGUGGCGGUCAUUGCAGGCGUCGGCGUGCGUAAUUUCUACCGCCGGCUCGGGUUCGAAGUCGAAGGGGAAGGCGAGCUGAUGAUCAAGCAUCUGGAUACAGCAUCCGCACGGGCGUCAAGGGUGUGGUCGAAGGGUACGUCGUAUGUGGCCGACCGUCUUGGCGGCGAGUUGUCCGUCGCACUUGCCCUUGCGGGGGCUCUCGGUCUAUGCGCAGCUUUGUUUGCUGCAACGCGAAGAAGGUAA